AAGGCGGGGCCAGAGACUUGAAGUGUGGGGAGAACUUGGGGUAAGUAGCCCCGGGGGGCACAGGGCGUGGCAAGGAGAGGGGAAUUGAAUCCUGAGGGAACGGUAGUCUAGUGGAGCCUAAAGGAAUGAUCAUAGGAUGGGGUGGAAUGGGAGGAAGAGGAGGGAUACUAAACUAGGUUAGGAACCCAGGGCUUCCCAAAGAGUGGGAUUAGGAGCUUGGAAUUGGAAAAGGGUAAUAGGUAGGAGGUAGGAAUGAGGAGAUGAGAACAAAGAUCUUGGUCUGGUGACACAACACCCGUUGGGUUUGACAGGAAAGAUAGAUAGGGGUAGAUUAUUGGAAAUGAGGGUCAUGGCAUUUUCGACUGAAUUAAUAAAAAGAACAUCAGGGACAGGAUAUCAGAGAGAAAGUAUGGAUUUGGAGAAAAUUAAGUGAAUGAGUUUAAGAGGACAGUAUGGGUGAGCUGAGUCUCCAUAAGGCAUGGCUUCUGGAAGGAUAUGAGCCUUGAGAGCGAUGAGAGAGGUGUUUGGGAAGGAGAUGACUGGUAUACAUAUGUCUUUAGCCUAGGUAUCAGGUGGUUGCGAUAUUGAUUUAGGGCUUCUGGUGGAUAUGGCACCCAGACUGGUGACCAGCCUCCAAGAUGCUGGCAUGGGGGUUGAGAAGGAGAAAAAUAGCACUUUCAUCACUUCUCUGAUUUUCUUUCUCCCUCUCUUCCAUUUCCCAAACUCUUGAAACACUGGGAUGUGGGCUUGGAACUUAAGCAGUCCAAGUUGGAGCCCCAUAGGGACUUAUAUGUUGCUCUGAAUUGCUUGUUAUGUUCUCUGACUGGGUGUUUACAACCCAGGGCACCUCCUACCCAGAUACCCGCAUUGCUACUUUCCUAACUUUAAAAGUUUGUUUUUUACUUAAAAGAGGGUGUUUUAGUAUUUCUGAGGGUCAUGUCAUAUUAAGUACAGGUGUGUAGGGGGUGUGCAGAGUUUUCUUAGGAAGCUCACACGAGUCCUGUGUUUAAAAAUUUUACAGUAAUUUAAUUAUUGUAGAGUAUCAGUGUUUAUGGGCAUUCUAAGCAGAAAUGCACCAAAAUGAAAGUUCAUUUUGUUAAUUGUGCCUUCCCCGGUCAUUCUCGAAGAGUUGUCGAAUGGGUGGUUGCAGUUUGUUUUAGUUAGCUUAUAUAAUAUGUUUUUAAAUGGUGUAAAUAAAAUAGACAUGUUAUUUCAGGAAAGUGAAAAACGUUCAGUUUUUUUGCUUUGUGUCCACACUCAGAAGCUAAAGAUAUGCCAUAAUAUCUUAGGCCGAGGGCUGGGGAAAUCAAACACAAUUUGUACUUAAACAUGGAAGAUGUAAGCUCCGCUCUGCUAUAUGAAAUAUGGGAGACGACAGACCGUUUGUGUGCAAUGCCCCAGGCUGUGGACAGAGAUUUACAAACGAGGACCACCUGGCAGUUCAUAAACACAAGCAUGAGAUGACAUUGAAAUUUGGCCCAGCUCGAACUGAUUCAGUCAUCAUUGCAGAUCAAACUCCUACUCCAACUAGAUUCCUGAAGAACUGUGAGGAAGUGGGACUCUUCAAUGAACUAGCUAGCUCCUUUGAACAUGAAUUCAAGAAAGCUGCAGAUGAGGAUGAGAAAAAGGCAAGAAGCAGGACUGUUGGCAAAAAACUGGUGGCUGCUGCUGGGCCCCUUGACAUGUCUCUACCUUCCACACCAGACAUCAAAAUCAAAGAAGAAGAGCCAGUGGAGGUAGACUCAUCCCCACCUGAUAGCCCUGCCUCUAGCCCUUGUUCCCCACCACUGAAGGAGAAGGAGGUUGCCCCAAAGCCUGUUGUGAUCUCUACCCCCACGCCCACCAUUGUACGUCCUGGCUCCCUGCCUCUCCACUUGGGCUAUGAUCCACUUCAUCCAACCCUUCCCUCCCCAACCUCUGUCAUCACACAGGCUCCACCCUCCAACAGGCAAAUGGGGUCUCCCACUGGCUCCCUCCCUCUUGUCAUGCAUCUUGCUAAUGGACAGACCAUGCCUGUGCUGCCAGGGCCUCCAGUACAGAUGCCGUCUGUUAUAUCGCUGGCCAGACCUGUGUCCAUGGUGCCCAACAUUCCUGGUAUCCCUGGCCCACCAGUUAACAGCAGUGGCUCCAUUUCUCCCUCUGGCCACCCUAUAGCAUCAGAAGCCAAGAUGAGACUAAAAGCCACCCUAACUCACCAAGUCUCCUCAAUCAAUGGUGGUUGUGGAAUGGUGGUGGGAACUGCCAGCACCAUGGUGACAACCCGCCCAGACCAGAGCCAGAUCCUCAUCCAACACCCUGAUGCCCCAUCCCCUGCCCAGCCACAGGUCUCACCAGCCCAGCCCACCCCUAGCACUGGGGGGCGACGGCGGCGCACAGUAGAUGAAGAUCCAGAUGAGCGACGGCAGCGCUUUCUGGAGCGCAACCGGGCUGCAGCCUCCCGCUGCCGCCAAAAGCGAAAGCUGUGGGUGUCCUCCCUCGAGAAGAAGGCCGAAGAACUCACUUCUCAGAACAUUCAACUGAGCAAUGAAGUUACAUUACUACGCAACGAGGUGGCUCAGUUGAAACAGCUACUGUUAGCUCAUAAAGACUGCCCGGUCACUGCACUACAGAAAAAGACUCAAGGCUAUUUAGAAAGCCCCAAGGAAAGCUCAGAGCCAACGGGUUCUCCAGCCCCUGUGAUUCAGCACAGCUCAGCAACAGCCCCUAGCAAUGGCCUCAGUGUUCGCUCUGCAGCUGAAGCUGUGGCCACCUCGGUCCUCACUCAGAUGGCCAGCCAAAGGACAGAACUGAGCAUGCCGAUACAAUCGCAUGUGAUCAUGACCCCACAGUCCCAGUCUGCGGGCAGAUGAUGCCUCCUCUGGUGAAGAGGUUCCCAGCCAGAGCUCGCCACCCAAGAGCCAAGAGAAAUGUCAUCUUACGCCCUCCCAUCUGCCUUGGACAUGGCAAUAUGCGGUGGGGGGGAAUUGUGUGUUGUGAGUAAUGGACAGAUAUGGGGCUUUUUAGGCUUUUUAGCCACAUGGUCAUGUAUGUUUGACACCUGUACUGGGGGCCUCCCAGCCCCAGAGCCUCAUAGAUCAUCCCCAAGGGUGGGGUUUCUGAUGCACCCACAGCCAAAGGCCUUUCCAGAUGGUCCGAACAAUCACCCCUGCCCCAUGCACGUGUAUCUGUCUCUUUUAACACUAACCCUUGGCACUUCUAGGUUUGGGGUUUCUCAGCUCCCUCUUUUCCCACUAAGCCGUGGCUGUUACCUUUUUGUUCCUUACCAGCAUGCCACUUCCUGCCAGAUAGAGGGAGGCUAGAUUUGAUGGCAUAUCACCCACUGACCCAGCCCCAGCCACCCAGUGGACUCAGGACUCUGUCUCCCACUGCUGCUUCUUUACCCAUUUCCUUUUUCCCUUCCUUAAUUCUAGUUAAAACAUUUACUUAUGGAGAAUGUGAGGUUACCUUUGAUGUAUGAAGCAGCAGUAUUUCCCAGUUCUUCCAUAAGCUUUAUUCCUUCUCCCUACCUGCCACCCAAAAAAAAAAAAAAAAGCAAAAAGAAAAAAACC